AUGGAGCAUAGACUUCAAGCCGACCAAAAGAGCAUCACGGGCUCAAGCAAGACCGUGAAGGCUGUUACUGAUGCGGACCUUGAGCGACCCGGAACCCCAGGCGGCGCCAGCUUUGCCGAUGGAAAGAUGGAGGUGACUCAUCAGUUUAAUUCCGGUACCGAAAUGAAGAAGCAAUUCAGCAGCAUCGCCACCCUAGGCUUGGCCUUUUCGAUUCUUAAUUCGUGGGUCGGCGCGGCUGGAAGCCUUCUGGGGCCAAUAUCUCUUGGCGGUUCCGUCACCGCGAUAUGGGGGUGCUUAGCCGGGGCAAUCUUUACUACGAUCCUAUGCAUGGGUGUGAUUGAGAUGGCAUCCGCCAUGCCCGGUGCCGGAGGCCCUUACCAUUACACGUUUGUUCUGGCUUGGGAGCACAAUCGGAAGUUUCUCAGCUUCUUCGUUGGCUGGUGCAAUAUGAUUGCGUGGUGGUUUGUGGUUAGUUCUGGGCUGCUGUUUAUGGCCACCUUCUUCACAGGAAUGGCGGUACUCUACCACCCUAACUAUACACCGACGACAUGGCACAUAUAUCUCAUAUUCGUACUUAUUCUCUCGGUGGGCACCACAGUCGUCAUCGGGGCCAAUCACAUCAUGUCACGCCUGUCAGCCAUAUCAUUAUACUGUUGCCUACUGGUGUUCCUCACCUGUAUCGUAGUCCCCGUUGCCAUGCACGCUGGUCUGCCAUAUCAAACUCCUUCGUUUGUAUUUACAAAUUUCUCCAAUUUAUCAGGCUGGCCAAGUGAUGGAAUGGCAUUCGUUAUCGGGUGCAUGCUUUCCUGCUACAAUUUUAUCGGAAUCGAUGCUACAACUCAUCUCUCGGAGGAGAUGCCGAAUCCAGCAUUGAAAGUGCCCCAAGCCAUGGCAGGGGCCCUUGCCACUGGAUGCUUUACCUCGUUUGGUUUUCUCAUUGCGUUACUCUUUUGCGUCACUGAUAUGGACGAGGUUAUUACCACGCCUACUGGCGUUCCAAUCCUAGCUAUCUUCUAUCAAUCCACCAAUAGCAAGGCUGUGAGCGUCACGUUGCUAAGUCUUAUCAUCUUUUGCCUCGUCUUUUCUGUUGUCAGCGGAAUUCUUAUUUGUGGUCGGACAACGUGGGCUUUUGCACGAGACAAUGGAUUGCCCUUUUCGCAAUACUUCAGCCAAGUAGACGAAAAGACAGGCAUGCCACUCCGAGCCACCUUACUUUCUUCAAUUCUUUGUAUGAUAUAUGGCUGUAUCUACGUUGGAUCUACUGUCGCUUUCCAGUCCAUAGUAGGGUCGGCUAUCAUUAUGCUCUUCGCGACCUAUGUUAUACCCCAAGGGAUUCUAGCCAUCCGGGGUAGACAUCACUUGCCAGCCCGGCCAUUCAAUCUUGGAAGGCUUGGCUUAUUUUUUAACAUUUCUGCGCCGAUUUUGUUUGUGAUCCUUACUGUCUUUAUUUGCUUUCCAUAUGCACUUCCAGUCACAGCUCAAAAUAUGAACUACCUGAGCGUGAUUGUCGUUGGCUGCUCGACACUUAUUGUUUGCUUAUGGUAUGGAAGUAAGAAAGGAGUAUACAUUGGGCCGUACAUUUAG